AUGGCCAACAUGGAUAAAUGGAAAUCCGAGGAGAUGAAACUGACACCACAGACUUGGUUUGGAGACAGUGCAGCGAGUACACAUAUGUGCAAUGAUGACACCAACCUGUACGACUACGAUGUUAUUCGAGAGGAGAUCAAAGUUGGAAGUGGCAAAACUAUCGUGGCAACUAAGAUUGGCAAGCUCAAGCUGCGAGUGAAGCAAACGAAUGGAAAGGUAAUCAUGAUGGUACUAACGAAAGUCAAGUUCGUACCUGAGCUGUGGUGCAAUCUUUUCAGUCUUACGGCCGCAAUGGACAAGGGCUUCGACCUCGGGAACCAAGGGCGAAUCAUCACAGUGACGCAUGGAUCGACAACUAUUGGAUUUGACAGAAUAUUCCCAACGAGUUCUGGAUUCAUCAUGGCAGCAGAAAUGGAACAGAUGACAGCAGAAGGUGCAUACGCCGUAUUGGAAGCAGGAAGGGAAAUCAGCAUAGCAAAGUUCCAUGAGAUGUACGCACACCCAGGAGAAGCAAUACCAUACAACUUGAAACUACAAUCGAAAUUGGAAAAGUGUGAGAACUGUGCAUUGGCAAAGUCAAGACAAGCAAACAUAUCGAAGGAGCCAGUUGACAGAUCCGAAGUCCCAGGGGAAGAGCUCAUGAUUGAUAUAUCAAGUGUAAAGAAGAAAAGCGCGGGUGGAAAUAAAUUUUGGCUCCAAGUGAUGGACAACGCAUCCGAUUUCAUAUUUUCAAUGUUCCUAAAGAAGAAAAGCGAAACAAGUGCUAAGAUGAUAGCUUUGGUGAAGGACCUAAAUGCGAAAGGAUUCAAAGUCAAAAAGAUUCGAUGUGACAGAGCUGGAGAGAACAUGAAGUUCCAAGAUGAAGCAAAGAAUGAAGGACGCGGUUUGACCUUUGAAUUCACAGCGCCCAAUACACCACAGCGAAAUGGACGAGUCAAAAGGAAGUUUGCAACGGCUUUUGGACGAGUUCGAGCAAUGAUGAACACUGCUCGAAUGACAGAAACGAUGCGUGGCAAUCUAUGGGCAGAAGCGGCAGAUACAGCGACAAAAUUGGACACAGCACUUGUCUAUCAACGUGGUGAACAAAGUUCACAUCAAAAAUUCUGGAAACGAGAAGCUAGAUUUGCGAGACAUUUGAGAACGUUUGGUGAAAUGGCAGUGAUCAAGGUACACACAAAGAUCAAGGGUAAACUGAAAGACCGUGGAAGAACAGUUAUGUUUGUUGGAUACGCAGAUAACUCCAGCGGAGACACUUACAAAUUCUAUGAUCCAAAGACAAAGCGAAUCAGUUCAAGUCGAGAUGUGUCAUGGUUGAACAAGAGCUACGGAGAUUGGAAGGGAAUCAAGAAAACCAACACACUACGAUUGACACAGGAAAUUCUAUUGGAAACGGUUCAUGACAAUGAUAUUACACAAGCACCAACAACUCACACCAAUGACGCAAACACAACAGCACCAGAACCGGGACCGAUUCCAACAGCUGCAGCACCAGCAGAGACGGCAACAAUACCAGCAGUACAAUUGGAUUCGGGAGCAAAUCCACAACGAGCUCCACAAUUUGGGCCAACGCCACAACCGGCGACUACAACAACAGCAAGAAGCAUGGAACCAUCCAGACAAAUAUCAACGGGACAAAUGGCGAGAAGCGAUUAG